GCGGCAUCCAACUUCGUUUUUUUUUUUUUUUUUUUUUUUUACUAGCUAUUGUGAUUAUUUGUACUCUUGUUACACAAUAUAUUAUCUAACUUGAGUGUUAAGCCGACCACACCGACCGGGGAUAUGGCGUCCUUUGGCUGGAAGAGGAAAGCGGGCGAGAGGGUAUCCAAGUCGGCGGCGCGGCACUUCGAGGAGGCCGACCAGGAGCGGAACGACGCCGACGGGCAGGUGGACUGGCAGCAGGCCGUCAAACGCCGCCGGGAGACCCUGCUGGGGGACUGCGCCGCCGAGAGCCAGCGGCUGAAGGAGGAGGGCACCGCGCUGGCCGAGCAAAACAGGCACAGGGAGGCCGUUAAGAAGUGGGAUGAGGCCAUUCAGCUGACUCCGGACGACCCGCUGCUGCACGAGAUGAAGGCCCAGGUGCUGACGACGCUGCAGGAGGUCUUCCCCGCCGUCGAGGCGGCCGAGACGGCGGUGAAGCUGCGGAGCGUGUGGUGGGAGGGCUGGCAGACUCUGGGCCGCGCCCAGCUGAGCAUGGGCGAGGUCGACCUGGCGCUGAGGUCCUUCCAGGUGGCCGUCCACUUGCGCCCGUGGGAACGCGCCCUGCGGCAGGACGACCUGGCGUGGGCGCGCACGCUGCGCCGGCAGAAGGAGGCCGCAGGAGAGAACCUCCGCCGCCGGGAGGAGGACGAUCGGCUGCGGCUCUCGGACGUCCCGGAGCUCCGCGGGGACUUCGACUUCGAGUCGGACGAGGUGGUGGCGGCGUGCGAGGCCGUCGCUCGGCGCCAGGCGCUGCCGGCCGCGGGCAACGUGCUGGCAUCCGGGGAGGGUGCGUCGGGGGACGCGGCGGAGCCCUCGCUGGAAGAUUUUGUCAAAGUGAGAAGACUGUGAACAGGUAUGCAUGAGGAACGUUGACUUUGUGGUACAACUGCACAAUCACCAAACCUUCCGCCAGAACAGUGUUCCACAACUUUUAUUCAACCAACGCAUUUAAUUUGAAGGCAUACAAAAUUGGAGGGGAAGCAAAAAAAGUGCAGCUACUGUAAUGAUGAUGUCGUCUCACUUUACUCAAAGAUAUUCUUGCUCAGAAAACGAUGCACACAGGUUAAUUGUACCUUCUGCCACCUAGUGGAAGCGCAUUGCAUUGUUCUGCCUGUCACUAUACGUCGCUGGCGUAGAUAGAGGAACAAUGACCCUGUCAAGUGAAUUCAGAGUUUUGGUUCUAAUGACAUGAAACAUGUUUGAAGAUAAUUGCUGAAGGGGCUUCAGGAUGGUGCGGCCGGCCGCCUUAGAGCGCCUCGUUGUCGCCGCGUGGAAAAGUACCGUGAAGUCAUGCUGGAAUAUAUUCCAUCCACUGGAGGCGCAUCCAUUUUCCAGGUGCUAGCGUCGCUAUUCGGUUGACAGUUGAGCAGGCGUGGUUUCACUCCCACAGCGUUUGAGAGCGGAUUGAUUUGUCCCGAUUUUAUAGCCUCGUUUUAUGAACUUGACGACAUUCAAAUUUGCCGCUCUCCUCUGUGGUGUGUCAAAUGUAACGAUUCUUAGCACACUUUUACAUCAUUGCAAAACUUGUGAAAUAAAUGCACUCAAGUACAAAUGGAGCAUUUUCU